AUGGCGGCGGUGCGGGCAGCGCUGCUCGCGCCGCUGCUAGCCUUGUGCCGGGCCGGGCCCGGAGCGGCGCCGGGAGUGGGGCCCGGGCUGGGAGCGGGACCUGCUGCCUGCGUGGAGGUGGCCGGCCCAGGGAAUGAAGCCGGUGCGGCUGCGGGGCCUGCAGCCUGCGUGGAGGUGGCUGUGGCGGUGGGCGGCUCGGGGAAUGACGGCGGAGCAGCUCCGGGUUCCAGCGGGUCUUUCAAGUUGCGCGGGGCCGUGCUGAACGUAGGGGGCGGCCGGGGUGGGCCAGGCCGGGGGGGCCUCGGGGAGGAGGAAGAGGAGGAGAUCCGCGGGCGGCUACUGCUGGUGGGAGAUGCGGAACCCGAGCUGGGUGCUGCUGCCCCCUGGAUCGGCGUGGUGCCCGUGGGUGAGGAGCCAGCUGAAGGCCCCCACGGUGCCAAGGAGGAGUCCUUUACCACUGCUGUUGUCAGCAAGAUGAAGCGAGCCCUGGUGCUGGGGGCAUCAGCCCUGCUGAUCCUGGCGCUGAACCAGAAUGCCAUCCGGGAGCUGGAUGUUUCCCAGCUCCUUGCCAAGCCUGUGAUCGUGAUCCAGUCCUCAGACAACGUCACCAAGCUGCUGGGAGCACUGCUCCGGGGGCUCCGGGCUACAGCCAGGAUCACCUACCAGGCAGUGCUGCUGGAGAACCUGGGAGUGACCCUCACCCUGUGGUCCACUUGUGGCCUCUCCCGAGGAGGUCUCUAUGGGGAGUGGCAGGGAGUCAUCUGCACAGGGGAAAACAGCUCACAGGUCCAGAUGUACCUCCAGCAACUGUGGAACACCAUCCUGCUGAUCGCCCUGCUCCUCUGCACUGGGGUGAUGGUGCAGGCCCAGCGGCAGUCGCGCCAGGACCCCUCGGAGCAGGAUGCCGAGCUGGACCUGAAGCAGCACAUUCGGCGGCGGCUGCUGGCACUGAAGACUCGCCGGUACCACCCGGGCAGGGCACUGCAGAGCCGGGCCUGUGAGAUCGACAGCUGUGUUGUCUGCUUGGACCAGUUCCACAAGAGCCAGUGGCUGCGGGUGCUGCCCUGCUCCCACGAGUUUCACCGGGACUGCGUGGACCCCUGGCUCCUCUUGCAGCAGACCUGCCCUCUCUGCAAGCGCAACAUCCUGGGGAACUGCUGCAUGGAGAGUUAG